AUGCAGAGAGACACACAGCCAGAGGUGGAGGAGCGAGGACACUGGGGAAAUAAGGUGGAAUUUCUCCUUGCUGUGGCGGGAAAUGUUGUCGGCCUGGGGAACGUGUGGAGGUUUCCCUACCUCUGUUACAAAAAUGGAGGGGGUGCAUUCCUGGUGCCAUAUCUGGUAUUUGUGGUAACCUGUGGUGUACCCGUGUUCUUGCUGGAGACAACUAUAGGGCAAUUCACCCAGGAGGGUGGCAUUACCUGCUGGAGGAAGCUGUGCCCAUUAGCAGAAGGGAUAGGCUUUGGUGGACAACUAAUCCUCUUCUAUAGCUGUAUGACCUACAUCAUUAUUCUGUCCUGGGCUUUGCUCUACCUCGUGUUCUCCUUCAGCUCUCAGCUCCCCUGGGCCUCCUGCAACAACGACUGGAACACAGAGGGCUGUGUAGACUUUUCAACAAAAAAUAACACCGUCCACUGGACCAACCAGACAAACUCGACCUCUGCAGCCACCGAAUUUUGGGAACGACGAGUGCUGAUGAUCUCUGGGGGCAUUGAGGAAAUAGGCAGCAUCCAGUGGGAGGUGCUGUUGUGCCUCAUUGCUAUGUGGAUCGUCUGCUACUUUUGUAUCUGGAAAGGAGUCAGAUCUACAGGAAAGGUGGUAUAUGUCACAGCUACUUUCCCCUAUGUGAUGUUGUUAAUACUUUUGAUUCGUGGCCUCUCUCUUCCUGGAGCAUUCGAAGGAAUCAUAUUUUAUCUUCUGCCUGAACCCUCACGACUGAUAGACCCUCAGGUGUGGAUGGAGGCUGUGAGUCAGAUCUUCUUCUCCUACAGUAUCGGUGUGGGCUCCCUAACUGUGCUGGGAAGCUACAACAAAUACAACAACAACUGCUAUAAAGACUCUCUGAUGCUGUGUUUGCUGAACAGUGGUACCAGUGUUGUAGCUGGUUUUGCUGUGUUCUCAGUGCUGGGAUUCAUGGCUCAUGAGCAAGGUGUUCCCAUUGCAGAAGUGGCCGAGUCAGGUCCAGGCCUGGCGUUCAUUGCAUACCCUCAGGCUGUAGCCAUGAUGCCCCUGCCUCAACUGUGGUCCAUCUGUUUCUUUGUUAUGCUCAUUCUCUUGGGUCUGGAUACACAAUUUGUUGCCAUGGAAGUAGUGAUGACGUCCUUCAUCGAUAUGUUUCCCAAAGUGUUGCGCAGAGCCGGCCGAAGGGAGAUUUUUCUCCUUCUCUUCUGCUUAAUAUGCUUCUUCUCUCAGCUUGUCAUGGUUACUGAGGUCUGUAUGUAA